CGUGACUUUACUGAAUAGAACCAAAGAGUAUGGAUCCUUGCAGUCACGAAAGCUUCAAAUCUAGAAAGUAACAUUCCAAGUGUUUAAUCAAUGUGUACAACCUGCUAUGACAUGAACAAGAUACAUUGUAAUUUACACUUUUGGUUGCAAAAACUGAAAAUUAUGCAAAUAAGCAUAGAUGGGUACAUGCUUGGGAUUACACUGAGAGAAAAAGAUCAAUGCUUGCAUCAGAGAACAUGCACACUUUAACGACAAUUCAAAAUGUUAAGAAAAGUAAGUGGGCUUGGGCAGGAUGCGUUGCUGAAAAGGAGGCAAGUGAUGGAACACGUCUGAUAGGACGUUUACCGAGGAGGUGAAGUGAUGAUUUCAGGAUGCGCAUGUCUUUGUUGGACUUGCAUUUCAGGAUCAUGAGAGAUGGUGGUGGCUUGGGGAGGUUAUUCAUCAGCAGUGAAUUGAUCAUGGCUGAUAAUGAAGUGAAACAAUUAUAUGCCAUGUGUCGAGAGAUAUAUGGGGCCUCUGUAUUAUUUGCGAGCUUAAUGUUACAUGUUAUCACAAGCUAAAAAAAUAUACAUUUUCUACUACGAAAAAUGUUUUUUACACCAACUUUAAACUUGGAAAUACAUUCAAGCAAUCGCAAUGCAACAUGAUGUGAUACAUAAUUUUAUAAUGUAAUUCAAUGUAACAUUGAGUAAUUCUACAGUCGGUUAUAACAUGACAUUCAUUUAUCAUUAAUUUAUAAUUUAUUAAAUAGUAUUACAGUUUAAACAGCGUAUGAAACAUGUUCAUAUAUUCUCAGAAAGUGUAAUAUGCAAUGCAGUGGGGUUUAUUCAUUUUCUAACUCAUGCUAUGAAAGUUACAAUAUUUUUGUAUUUGUAUACAUUGAUUUAGACAUCACUACAGUUAUUUUGUUUCUUUAAAAAAUAUAUUGUAUUAUUGUCUACAAAAUGUACGUGUAUUCAUGUUGGGCUUUUAUUAUGAGGAUUGGACUGAUGACUCAAGGGUUUUGUACAAGGCAGAUUGUACUUGCACCUCCUGUCUUGGUUGUGCCCUUGCUGUUUUACCUCUACUCAUAUGCAGCGCUGUGCCCUUUUGUUUUUCAGAGAUUUUCUGCUGUGGAAAAUGGCACCAUGUCCCAUUUUUCUUUAACUCCUUAAUGCAGGAAAGAUCAACAGACUGAACGUGCUACACCCCCAAACAGUUUUCGUUGUUAUUUUUAAACAGCUACAUGAAGUUUAUGUAACGUAUAAGGCACCCAUGGUGUUUUAUACAAGUCAAUAUCUUAUACAGAUAUACCUUCCAAAACUCGUGUUAAAAAUGUUUUCUGGUGAGGAUAAAAAAAGAGACAAACACAGGACACCUGAUUACAAUGACUCAAGAAUUGGGAAAUUAAACUCUACACAAACAAAAACUCCAAAACUUUCAUCCAGGCUCAAGAACACGAUGAAGAAAAUGACUAAGAGUCGUGCGAGUUGGGCUGGUGAUGAUGUGGAGACAAGGAGGACACGUGAUGCAGAAUUGUCUCAAAAUCCUUGGCCUAGCACAGUCAAAGGUUUAGGAAGAAUGUCCCUCCAUGAGGAGUCAGGCCACCUGUCAACAGAAAUUGAAUCUGAUGGAAGUGAAUCUGAUGGCUGCUUGGAACAGUUACCAAAAUGUAGAGUGGCAUGUGAAACAAGGACUUCUGUCUCUUUUACUCACAAGAAUCAUGAAGAUGUAAAAAGUCAAACACUCCCUGGUAUGCCUGAUCAUAGAAAACUUCCAAAGCAUCCUUUCAAGCUAUCUUCACAAGUCAAAUAUGCUUCAUGGUCUGCAGGCUGCAAGGCAUUCCAAAAGUUUAAAGUGUGGAAAAGAACAGGUCAUGACAACACUUCUCACAAUACGGAAGGAUACAGACACCAACGUUUGCAAAAGUCCAUGUCACAACAAGAUCGCGUUAUGACUUCAUCUCAGGAGUCAGAGGAUAUUCUGAAUAAGACUCACAAUGUCAUGGAAAAGAUAUUUCAAGAACUUCAAGGUAUAAGUCGAAUUGAGCUUGAAAUUGUAGAACUGAGGGACCAGGUUCAAGCGCUGAAGCGUUCAGUCAGAGAAAUAUCUCAAAGUGUGGAAGUUGUACAGACAGAAAUUGAACAAUUGCAAUCUGGGUUUGUUCAAGUGAAACACAGUAAUGUACCGACAAAUGCUUAUUUUGACCAUGAAAACCAAUCUGGAAAUGGCCUCUGUUUGUAUUUCAUAAAUGUUCCAGAACAAGAGAAUGAAAAUUGCACCAAUGUUAUCUAUGAUAUUUUUUCUGAGAAAAUGGGUAUGACAGAUGCCACACAAACUGUGAGAGUCGAAAGUGCUUUUCGGUUGGGGGAAAAGAGAAACAGUCUUUCAGUCAAACCAAGGCCUAUAGCAAUUAAAGUUGCUAAUAUUCAGGAGAAAGAAUUAAUUCUUAAAAAGUGCUACAGAUUAAAAGGCAUGAGUAUUAAAAUCAGGACUGCAAACGCUGUACAAAAACAGCCAAGUGUAUUAUCUUUACCUCGAGUAUAUACUUCAUCGAAACAAAUUUACUCUCUGCAGGAAGCUCAGACCUUAUCUAUGGACUCAAGUGAUGAUGACUUCACCAGAAGAAGUGUAAUGAGUCAAAGUUCUGCUCAGUCAGAUGCAGUGUUUGAAAAAAUGAUGUCCUCUGCAAAACGUGAUCAUUACAAUAUAGAGCUCCACCAUUCUGAUUCACCUCAUAACAGACAUACUGAAAUGAACCUGAACCUUUCCAAACUUGUGUCUGAAAAUGAGGAACUAUAUCAUCCAUUGCCUGAGCAGCAAAACUUUGAACACAGUGAGGUAUCCGAUUGUGAUUAUCUGUCAGAAGAUACUCCCAUUUUAAAAUCAAAGUUGUCAUCAGAUAGUGGAACAUCCAUCGAUGAAAAUGAGUUUUGGCCAAAAAGCCACUUCCAGAUUCCACAUAUAGCAUAUAUGGGCACUUCCAUGAAUAAUGAUGAUCCAAGUGUGUGUGAAGAUACAAAAACAUUUGUUUUUGUAAAGGAAGACAUUGUGGAUAGUUAUGGUAUUGAAACAUCACAGUUUGAUGUAAAAGAGGAAUGGAAUAAAAACGAUACAAACGAGAUAGAAUGGGAUAAUGUGCAGACAAUUACUCCUGGACACGAGGAUCCAGAUGCUAAUGACAGCCUCAGUUUGCAUUGGGACAACCAGGAGCAAUGUGCUUACAAUACUGAUGAGGAUUCAAUUGAAAACCAUUCAUUUGUUUCUGAUAACAUUCCUGUGGAAACAGAAAAAACUAUUGAUAUAUAUCCAAGCUCAAUUGAUGAUGGUUGUGCAAACGUAAUUGCAGUAGAACAAGACAAGAAUCGUAGUAGUUGGCCUGAACUCGACAAGUUAGAACCAUCUCAACCUGCUGAUAUUGACUGGCAUUCAAAUGAAAUUUACAGCAGUAGUGGUGACUGGGAACAAGUUCACAUUUACAGUGAUGAGACUGAGUGUAAUCAAGGCGAAUCACAACAAGAACAUGACAUUUGUUUAGAGCAGCAUCAGAGCCUUGAUAGUGGACGUCAACAGGCAGACAUUUUUGAAGAUGAUUGUUAUAAUGAAUUGACACCUGAGCAGGGACAGCUGCAUGAACAAAACGAAUGUAUCGUUCAAGAAACGUAUGCAGAUUCUUACAGCAUACAGGAUAUGGAACAAUUGAAUACUCAUGAUGAGUGGCCACAAGUCAAUCAAAGCUGUGACUCUGAAGUUGAGCUUCAACAAGUAGAAGCAAGUACAGAUUUUUUGUACAGUACAUCAACAUCAGAUUAUCCAAUUCUUGACAACGACAGCAUAACUGACCAGGAGUUAAGUUGGGAAGGCCAGCAGGAGGAUUGUAGUCAGACAAGUGUUCCCUCUCCUACAUCUAUCGCUGAAGCUAAAGAAGAGAGAUUUUUUGUGAGCUCUUUGAAGAGAGGCAUGCACUUGCUUGGCAUGAGCAGAUUCUCACUUCAGGAGAACUCAACGGAAGUAGAGUUGUCCUCACAACAUAAGAGUCAACUUGCUUUCCAUAGCCAGAGUGAGCUGUUGGAUAAAAGGCACAACGAGGAGAUGAUUGUCUUACAGCAGAGACAGCAAGCUGACGAAAGGCCUGAAACAGUUGGAAGCUUCAGCUUUCGGCGAUUUAGUAGCAGCACGCUGCAGCAUGCAAAGUCAGCACUCGGGUCAGUAUUUAAAUUAGAAAGUACGAAUAGCUCUCAGAGCUACAUUUCCAGCAUUGAUACGAGUUCUAUCAGUCAGGAGAAGCUUUCUGCCACCAUCACCUGCUCAAGAGAUGACAGUGACCUGCAUUUCCAGAGAACAAAUUCAGAAAUUGGGGCAUGUGCAGAUAAUAUUUUGAAAACAGGAGAAAGUAACUAUGUGGAAGUUAUGGAGGAAGUUUUAGCAAAAUUGGAAAGACGAGAAGCAGUACAGAGUGCUUCACCAGAUGCCACGCAAGAACCUGUCAUAGGAAAUACAGAAUUUGAAGAUUGUAAGUUGAGCUUAGGGGAAAUUAUUUCCAAAAACAAGUUGCCAUCACCCGACAACAAAGGAGAGCAAUCAAGCUCGAAUAAAGAAGGGCUCCCAUGUAUUGACCCACCUAAUGCAGUGAUGGUGAUUGACAGCCAUCAAGAUGUAGCAGACAUAGAGCAGCACAUUAAUGCCACAGGUGAGGAAAACAAAACUGUUGCGACUAAAAGUGAACAGACUGCGGUAGACGAACAGAAUUCCACCACGAGGUAUUUGGCAAAUUUCAAAAAGGCCUUAGAAGCAAAAAACAAACCAAAACGGCCCACGUUUAAGUCAAUUGUGCAAAGGACUCAAGCGAGGCUGCUGGAAGAGAAGGGGCUGUUGGAAAAUGCACAAACAAAGGCAAAUGAAAGUCGAAGCUUCUCUCCGUUCAGCUUGGUAGUAGGGUCUGGGAGUGGGCUCUAUGGCAUUGACAGCAUGCCCAAUCUGCGCCGAAGAAAAACAAUUCCACUCGUCAGCGAUGUGGCAAUGUCAUUGGCUGCUAUGCAGAGGAAGGGAGGGCUUCUCUCCUCCAUGGCCACCCGAGCCUCGCUCAACGACGAGGAACUUAAAAUGCACGUGUACAAGAAGACACUGCAGGCACUCAUCUACCCAAUCUCGUGCACCAUCCCUCACCGUUUCGAGGUGUGGACAGCCACCGCGCCCACCUACUGCUACGAGUGCGAGGGGCUGCUGUGGGGAAUAGCGCGCCAGGGCAUGCGCUGCACUGAGUGCGGCGUCAAGUGCCAUGAAAAGUGCCAAGACCUGCUCAAUGCCGACUGCCUUCAGCGUGCAGCUGAAAAGAGCUCCAAGCAUGGUGCAGAGGAUAAGACACAGACUAUCAUCACAGCUAUGAAAGACCGCAUGAAAGUGCGAGAACGCAACAAGCCUGAAAUAUUUGAUCUCAUCCGAGAUGUGUUUGCAGUCACGCCAAGUGAUCAGAACUCACACAUGAAGUCUGUAAAGCAAAUGGUGCUGGAAGGCACCUCCAAAUGGUCAGCAAAGAUCACAAUCAAUGUUCACAGUGCUCAAGGAUUGCAAGCCAAGGACAAGACAGGGGCCAGUGACCCGUAUGUCACUGUUCAAGUGGGAAAGACCAAGAAGAGAACCAAGACCAUUUACAAUAAUCUCAACCCAGUCUGGGAAGAGAAAUUUCACUUUGAGUGCCACAACUCAUCCGAUCGGAUCAAGGUGCGUGUGUGGGAUGAGGACGACGAUAUUAAGUCUCGCGUGAAACAGCGCCUCAAGAGGGAGUCGGACGACUUUCUCGGUCAAACAAUCAUCGAGGUGCGGACGCUGAGCGGCGAGAUGGACGUCUGGUACAACCUAGAGAAGCGCACCGACAAGUCUGUGGUGUCCGGGGCUAUUCGCCUGCAGAUCAGUGUUGAGAUUAAGGGUGAAGAAAAGGUGGCGCCAUACCACGUACAGUAUACCGGUCUUCAUGAGAAUAUCUUCCACUUUCUCACGGAUGUGCAAAACGGAGGGGCUGUGCGUAUCCCCGAAGCUAAAGGAGAUGAAGCAUGGAAGGUUUACUUCGAGGAGACAGCCCAGGAGAUUGUGGAUGAGUUUGCCAUGCGCUAUGGCAUCGAAUCCAUCUAUCAAGCUAUGACCCACUUCUCUUGCCUUUCUUCCAAGUACAUGUGUUCUGGAGUGCCAGCCGUUAUGAGCAAUCUACUCGCAAAUAUCAACGCCUACUACGCUCACACCAAUACUUCCACCUCCAAUGUGUCUGCCUCGGACCGCUUUGCCGCAUCCAACUUCGGGAAAGACAGAUUUGUCAAGCUUUUGGAUCAGCUCCACAACUCUCUCCGUAUUGACCUGUCCAUGUAUCGGAAUAACUUUCCAGCCAGUAACCGAGAGAGGCUGCAGGACCUCAAGUCCACUGUGGAUCUCCUCACCAGCAUCACGUUCUUCCGCAUGAAGGUACAAGACCUGCAGAGUCCCCCACGUGCCAGCACUGUGGUGAAGGACUGUGUGAAGAACUCACUCAGUUCAACGUAUGAAUACAUAUUUGCCAACUGCCACGAGCUAUACAGCCAAGAAUACCAAUCUGCAGACCAGACCAAAGACGAGGCUGCUCCAGAGGAACACGGCCCCAGCAUCAAGAACCUGGACUUUUGGCCAAAGCUCAUCACCCUCAUUGUCUCCAUCAUUGAGGAAGACAAAAACUCCUACACACCAGUCCUCAACCAGUUUCCUCAAGAAUUGAAUGUUGGAAAGGUGAGCGCUGAAGUAAUGUGGAAUCUGUUCUCCUUGGACAUGAGGGCUGCUAUGCAAGAGCACGAGAAGCACAGGCAGUGUAAGAGUGCAGACUACAUGAAUCUGCACUUCAAAGUGAAAUGGCUUUACAAUGAGUAUGUAAAGGACCUGCCAGCUUCAAAAGAGAAAGUUCCGGAAUACUCUGCAUGGUUUGAGCCAUUCGUACUGCAGUGGUUGGAUGAAAAUGAAGAGGUCUCAUUGGAAUUUCUGCGAGGCGCUCUGGACCGAGACAAGAAGGAUGGGUUUCAGCAAACAUCUGAGCACGCCCUCUUCUCCUGCUCAGUUGUGGACGUGUUCACACAACUCAACCAAAGCUUCGAGAUCAUCAAGAAGUUGGAGUGUCCUGAUCCAGAGAUUGUUGCUCACUUUAUGAGGCGUUUUGCCAAGACCAUUAGCAAGGUGUUGAUGAAUUACGCGGAAAUCAUCUCCCAGUACUUCAAGGAAUACUGCUCCCAGGAAAAAGUGGCCUGUUUCCUGAUGAAUAACAUCCAGCAAUUGCGUGUACAACUGGAAAGGAUGUUCCAGGCCAUGGGGGGCAAAGAGCUUGAUGCUGAGACCAGUGAGAUGCUCAAUGAACUACAAGUCAAACUGAAUGGCGUUUUAGAUGAGCUGAGCCGAGUGUUUGGCAUCAGUUUUCGCCCACAAGUGGAGGAAAGCGUGAAGACAAUGGCUGACCUUCUGAGCCAGGUGAAGGGUGGAAGCUCUGGGCAAGGGAAUUUAGCUGGAGAUGCUGACACUAUUUUGCGUCCUCUCAUGGACUUGUUGGAUGGCAAUCUGACACUGUUUGCCAAGGUAUGUGAGAAGACUGUGCUGAAGAGAGUACUCAAAGAAUUAUGGAAGAUCGUUAUGAAUACCAUGGAAAAAAAGAUAGUCCUGCCUUCCCUUACUGAUCAAACGGGAGCGCAAAUGAUAUUCAAUGCCGCUAAAGAACUGGGACAACUUUCAAAACUGAAGGAUCACAUUGUGCGGGAUGAAGUGCGCAGUCUCACACCUAAACACUGCGAAGUCAUGGAGAUUGUGUUGGACACGAUAAAGCAAUACUUUCAUGCUGGAGGGAACGGAUUGAAAAAGACAUUUUUGGAGAAGAGUCCUGAGCACCAGUCCCUGAAAUAUGCUCUGUCCCUGUACACUCAACCUACGGACACACUCAUUAGGACCUUCACCCAGACCCAGACCACUCAGGGUAAAGUGAAGGAGUCAGUUGGCGAGGUCUCCAUACAUAUUGAUCUCAUCACGCAAGCUGGCACCAAUGACCGCAAGAUUACCGUCAAAGUAAAUGGUGUCAACAAUCUCAAGUGGAAGACAACGAGCGUGUUCCGCCCGUUUGUGGAAGUGAACGUCAUAGGCCCGCAGCUGAGUGAUAAGAAGCGCAAAUAUGCUACAAAGUCUAAAAACAACACGUGGUCUCCAAAGUUUGAGGAAACCUUCAAUUUUUCCCUGGGAAGUUCAACCGGAUUCGAGUUCUAUGAGCUGCAGCUGCUCGUCAAAGACUACUGCUUUGCACGUGACGACCGUGUCAUUGGACUGAGUGUCCUGCAGCUGCGCGAGAUCCAAGAGAAGGGCAGCUGCACGUGCUGCUGCCCCCUACGGAAAUCGGUCAAUAUGGAUGAAACGGGACUCACCAUUCUACGGAUCCUCUCUCAGCGCACGAGCGACGAGGUUGCCAAGGAGUUUGUUCGGCUCAAAUCUGAUGUCCGGUCCACGGAAGAAGAGAGCUGAUAAUUUCCAUAACUACGCUACUUUUGUCUUCCUGCCAUGCCCUGCUGGUGUAAAAUAUUGCAGAGAUUGGUUUGUUUAUGGACACAAAUUACAUUUUCUGGAUUCCACGUAUAAUGAGGUUACUGUGUUUGUAUAUUCAUCGUUCAGUGCCAAUAUAUCCUUUUUUAGCAUCAUGUAUUGUUACACUUUAUUGUUAUCUGAAGCAUUUCAAUACAUAUUUGUUCACACGCAUGGACUGUUUAAAUGGUUUGUUUGCUGUGUACUUGAAACAUUUCUUGUCGUCAUGUGUACAAACUUAUCCUGAAAAUUCCAGGAACUAUCAUACGAUCUAUUCUAUCCGAGUUGUGUUUUGUCAAUGCUGUCUGUAAAUAUGCUAGUCCAGUUACCUUCCAAAAUGAAAAUCACUGUGAUUCAAUAAUGAGGAAAGAUGAUAAAUGGAAGUUACAAAUCUAUUUAUCACCACCAAAGUGAUAAGAUGUGUAAAGUGAUGUAGAUAGUUGCAAAAGGUUUAUGUUGCACUGUCCUUGGUCAAAAUUGUGCUUUCACUGGCUUGCAUCAAAUGUAUCUGCCUUAUUCUACGACCAGUUACGACGUUCACACAUGAUACGUGCUUAUCAUUCUCCUUUUUCAAUACGUAACAUUUUUUUUAGGGUAUGUAUGAGCACUUUGAAAGCAGGAGACAGCAUCUUAGUUAAAUUGCAACCUGAUUCAUGCCAGGUCGUGUUACUUUUGUUGAUCAAAAAAAAGGUCAUCUUCAACAAUCAAUAGCAAUAAAUUGGUUUGACUUUCACCAAAUCAAUAUAUUACCACUUUACAUUUCAUAAAACAUGAAAGUAUUAAUGCAACACAACAAUUAUGGGUGCACAUUUGACUUGGACUUGAACCCAAUUGGAUUUUGUGGAACAUAAAACACGUUUGAUAGAUUAAGAACGGUGAAAACACCAUCUCCCUUGAGAGAGGCGAGGGGUAGGACCAAGCCUUGCUUCACACGUGAAGGACCGUGGUUGUGUUUUCAGCUUGGGGGAAUUAUUUUAGUCUUUUUGCGUGUAAAAUACUACUUUAAAUUUCUAAUUGAUAAUGGGUUCAUGAGUAUAACUUUUAAAGUAACUAUUUUUUAUGUAAGAAACCUAUAUUGACCCCCAUUAGGUGGAAAUCAACGUGUUAUUAAUGUCGAACAGAGAAAUACGGCUUCGUAACCAGCCAAUAAUACAUCGAUUCUUCGUGCGCACGAGAAUUGCUUCGUUUCAACCCAAUUGAAAAUACCCAACGCAUGUUGUGUUGAUGGAGUUCAUGCGACAACCCUUGCAGUGGCUGGAAGGUGCUGCACUGGACCACGACGUGGAACAAUUUCAUUCUUGAAAAUAAUCUCAAACCUGACUUGUACGCUCUCAACCCUUGUUCAGUCGUGAGCAACCUAAUUCAUGCCAGGGUCAUAUUACAUUUUUGAGACAACAUGGUCUUGAACAAUCAAUAGUAGUAAAUAGGCUUACAAUUUUGUGAUAUAUUAAUAUUAAAUAAUUGCAGUUUGGUCUAAAUAGUGUGAUAGUAGGAAUAAAUAUUGGUCCUGGCUUGGUUACGCUGUUUUAAUUUGAUCAAAGUUACUCAAAUAUCUGUUUUACUGAAGAAAAAAAAGUUUACUAAACGGCAGGAAAGUAGUGACAUACUUUUCCUUUGUUAGUCAACAUAUAUUGUCAUGUAAAUUGUGAAAUAAUUGACGUUUCAUCUCAAUCAACAUAAAAAAUAGAUUUCGCUGUGAAGUAUUCAUAGAAUCGGGAUCACAUUGGAUCGACGCAGAGAUACAAAGUGUAGAUCAGGCCUCACGUGGUGGGUAUAAUCAAACUCGAAUUGUGGACACCUAGUAAUAAUUAGCAUUGUACAAAGUCCAAUUUUUUUUAUGACCGUUAAUCGCAUGAAAAACAUGGUAAAGAAAUGGUUACCGGUUUGCCGCACGUAAAAAAGCAAUAAACAGGACAACAGCUAACCUAGAAACGAAGGUUACUGACAUGGUGUAGCACACUGGAUCGCCAGUUUGAUUCAAUAUCCGGGCACGGCAGCUGAAACAAGUGACAAGUUUCUUAAAUACCCCUACCACUGUGCACCCAAUGUGGUAUAAACACCAUCAAUCAACGGAUUCUUGUGUGGUGGGGUAAAGUGUUGGUAACUCCCACCUUUUCCAAUGCGUGCGGUCGGCCGGGAAGAGUGCUCCAAAUACCCUCUGGAGCUCCCUGUAUUGGAGGCCUUUCUGCCAGCAUUGACGUGCGCAAACAUUACCGGGCUGCACCUUUGCCUUUUAAACGUACCACGCGGAAACUUGGACCUACCGCUGGUAAUUCGAAAUGGCUACCACUAACCAAUCACAGUCACACGCGCCAUGCAGUUUAAAUAAUCGCACGUACCCAAUCUAUACAUUACCAAAAUUCCACUGGAUUAGAUUAAUGAUUCCUGACUUUAUCAAUUAAUAAUAGUAAUAAUGCUAUUGACAGUUAUAAUACAACACAUCGCCAUGAUGAUGUUUUCGAAGUUUUGAUCCUUACGAUUUAGAUCCUCAGCAAUUACAACUUCUGUAAAUAUUGUUAGGAAGAUUGCUGUUUUUUUAGAAACAGUAAUUUAAUUGUUUUUCCACUGGUUAUGCGGUUAAUUAUAAAUUGGAGGGCAUAUUUACUUAAAUAUUAAUUAAUUUAAAUGUUUGAAGUUAGGAGUUGUAUAAACGGUCAGUGUUUUUUUAAGUUCUAUGAUUUUGUAAGGCUUUUAUUUUAGGGAUUUGAGAAAAAAACUUAUUUUUUUUAUACGGAUGAUAAUAAAUAACAGUAUUAAAGUCUUCAUUUCAAUUCAUCACAUCUGUGACUCGGUAAAAAAUAAAUGUAUUUGGCUAAAUGCGGUUUUGUGAAGAAAAAAAGUAAAUUUAAACUUUAGAGGAAAAAUCAAAGUCCCGCUGUUGCAGAAUGAGCAAUAUUGCACCAUUAAUGUCUAUUGAUGGUCUUGCACCAGCAGUGGAAAUUGUUGUGGCAGGGUCUAGGCCCCUAGAACGACCAAAGUGGUACUACUAUUGAACGUGAAUGGAUGAUGAUAUGCUGAAUUGACCCCUGCAGAGAUUUCAGCUCAAUGUAUGUUAUGAUGAAGAACAAACAUGCUUUGGCUCGAUACCUUCCAAUUGAGCCAAGUGGUCUAACUACGGCAGCUGCCACUAAAGUCGAUCACUGUUUUUAAAGUGUUCAAAACAAUCACUUAAUUGUGUUACAUUAUUUUGUACAUACGAUAGCAUGUGAAAAGCCUAUUGGUUGGGAUGCUCAGUGCACAAUGGUUUGAUUCUGAAAGCUGCAUGGUAAUUGAGAGAAUUACUAAAGCACAUCCAUCAUCUGCUGUGUAGAAUACAGUAAAGAUCCUGUGACAUUAUUUGCAAUAAAAGGUCACUGUUGGUGUAAAAGCGAUUAUUUUAAAUUACAAACCGUCUUCAAAGUAUUUGAUAGUGCUCAUCUUCUUUGGCGGUCCUGACCUAAUAGAUUACAUUCCAUAUUCCUAUGUUGGAGCAGUCUACUUAUAAAACAACCAUUAAAAAAAUAAAUACCUACAAAAGUGAUCCAGUAUGCAAGUACAGACAUCAAGGUUUACUGAAGAAAAAAUAAAGGUCAAUAGUUCCUUGCCAGGCUUCCCAAAGGAAGUUGUGUUUGUAAAAUGUAGAGUAUCUGAGAAAUAUUGGCACACAUUUUCUGUUAUUAGACCGCAUGCAGAUGUGGCUUCCGAUGAUGUACAUUUAAUUUGUAAAGCAAUUUUAUUAUGGUUAAUUGGAAUGCAUAUACAGUACCUUCUAAGCAUUUUGUGUCUUUGCACGCAGCUUCUAUGCAUGACAUGCUGGACUGUUUGUCUACACUCAUAGUUUAUUCUUGUAUAUGGAUUUAUUUAAACUGUGAGGCGAUUCAUUUGUUGUAACUAAUGAAAAUUAAGUUCAUUGCACCCAUCCCAUGUUAACUGUUUGUGGAGCUUCAGAAUUGCAUUGUUACUUUAUGUUGUAUGUAAAAAAAUUGUAUUGUUAUUAAAAUAUUAAAUGAAUGCAUGUUGAAUGCAAAAGAUG